UGCUGUUUUCAAGAUGGACGACUAUGAAAACUACACAGAGUCUUAUGAAGACCCCUACGUGUCUGGUCCGAUUCGGAACAUCAUUCUUGGGACGUUCAUUCCUCUCUUCCCUCUGACAAUAUGCGGCAACUGCCUCGUCAUCUGCGUCAUUGUCCGCAACCGAAGCAUGCGUACUGUCACGAACUUCUUCCUGGCGAAUCUUGCUGUGGCCGACCUGAUGGUUGCAAUCUUCUGCAUCAUUCCCCAGAUGAUGUGGUUCGUUUCACCAACUUGGUCUCUCGGACCGGUGAUGUGCAAGCUACAUAAAUACAUGUUAGGUGUGACGACCAAUGCCUCCAUCUUCAUCAUGAUAGCGAUAUCAGGCGAGCGUUUCGUCGCCAUUAUAUACCCGUUGAGGAUUCGUCGAGUACUAACCAUCGGUAGGCUCUCCUGCAUUCUGUGUCUCCUAUGGCUCCUUAGCUUUCUCCUAAGUAUUCCAACAUUUCAGUUCUUUGAUGAAUCAACGGAUGCCAAUGGCACCAAGCAAUGCGGCGUCAGCCUCAACAUAUCCAGCUACCAAGUUCGUGUCCAUAAUAUUUUCAACUUUAAUAUCUGUUAUGUGUUGCCGCUCUUUGUGAUGAUGUUCUUCUACGCCAGGAUCAUCGUCAGUUUGUGGUUACGUGGAAGAGCAGUUUACUACAGGACAUCAAGACAUGGUGAAAAAUCAGCCGCGCCCUCCACCGCGGUAGAGAUGGAAGUUCGCAUGCACACAGGUGGUAGUAUAAAGACACACUCACAUCGACAUCAUCAUGCCCACGCCCACACCAGCGAGAUCAAGAAGAAGUUUGUGAAUGAACAGAGUAACGGGAAAAUAGAGAACAAGACAGUCCCAGAUCACACAGAACAUCCAGAAGAUGCAGGUUCGCUGAAGAUUGGGCCUUUCUUUGUUGACUACCCUCCCGCAUCUCCCCGUCGCCACCCUGAUGCUUUCAAGGGGUCAAAGUCUUGCGAGAACAUGUUCCUCCUCGGAGGUAGCGGGAAGUGUCGGGGAUCACACAGCGAGCUUGCACGAGGUAAAUCUCGAUCCACUGGAGCUAUUGAUCACUACCAUCACCAGCAGUUUUGCAAAGCUCUUAACUCGGAAGACCAAGAUGAAGAUAUCGAGCUUGAUAUCGGCGUUCAUGCGAAAUUCAUCAAUGAAAUCGUGAGAAACGGAAACGCUGUUGCCUUAGGUGAUGGUAAUAAGCCUGUAGAAGCGAGCUGCAUUCGUCAACGACAGACUCCGAGAUGUCAGAGUGAAGGUGCGGAGGUACAUUCAAAUGAAAAUCAAAGUUCGUAUUCCAAACCACGCCCCAUCAGACAGAGAAGCUCUGCCAAAAUACCAGUCAAAAAUGGAUACGAGUUUCUCUCGACUAUUGAGGAUGAUGAACUUCUGACUGGAGCACCAGAUACGACCACAAAGACAGAUUGCACUGAACAACCGAAUACUUCUGAAUCUCCAAAAAGGCCAAAUUCAUUGCCUAACACCGUGAAGCGAUGUGCAAAGAAAGCCCAUACGAGGCUAGCUGAAUUUACCAGGCGACCUACGGUCUUGGUAGAAAUGGUUCCAUCGGACAAUCAAAGCAUAAACUCCAGGACGACCAACCGACCUAAAAAGAUUUCCAAAUCAACCAUCGCAACGCGUAAGAAAGUCAUUCGGAUGUUAGUGGUGUUGGUUGUAGCAUUUGGUGUCUGCCUCUUCCCCAUGGAACUUCUUUCACUGUGGACUGUUGUAGGGACUUUCCCGUACUUUUCAAAGUUCGGGAUCCUCUACGUGCCCUUCACCUACCUCGCCUAUUUCUUCAACAGUGCGUUGAACCCAUUCCUCUACGCGCUUCUAUCCGACAACUUUCGCAUGCGCAUGCGUGAGACUUUAGAUUUCCGUGGUUCGUCGAGACGUGCGCGCUGGAUGCGCACGCAAACGCGGCUGAGGUCAUUGACAUCUGAAGGAACGGAUAAUGACUGGGUUGCUUAAGGAAACAAGUGUAUUAUAUUGACUGGUAACGUGUGUAAUAUAUCAAUUUUUAGAUCACCGAAGGGAGUUAUAUUUUCCCAAGGGAUUAUAUGAAAAUCCCGGGAUGAAAAUGAAAGUAUAAUCACGAAGGAAACUAUAAAUCCCUUGUGGUCCAAAAAUAUGCUUAUUACGAUCCUCGUUAUCGAUUUCAUGUGGUGAGCUGUGGACCAAUCACAACUUUGUAUCUGUAAGAGCUAUCUAACACUUUCUUAUCUUAAUCUAGGGUUCAUUUGUAUGCCAUUAUAAUGAGAAAUAGAAAAGUACAUGAUAUGACCGUAUCUUUUGUUAUAAUUGUGUGGAUGAUUAUUUCGAUUGUAAACUGUAAACAAAGAGUCAUUUCACAAAGCCAUUAUUGUAGGGUUAUUAUAAUAGUACAGUAAAUACUAAGAAAUGUUUCAAAUUUGCCUUGCAGUAGUUGUUAAAACUUAUAUCUUGAAAAUUAUAUUUUAUACAUUUUGGAGAUUUAAAAUUGAGUAGAUCAGAUAUGUGACAUAGAGCUUGGUCAGUUGAUGUGUAUGUCUUCCUAAGACUGACGAAAGCUGUUUUUAUUUUAUUUUUUUCUCAACGGACGAGUUAUGGCACGAAAAAGGCUAAGAUACAAAAUAUAUAUUUACUUCUUCUUUACAUUGUUCUUCUUGUCUCAUUUUAGCGUAACUCGAAGACCAUUAAGGCGCAUUUGAAGAUAGGUACUAUUAACCAAACUUGUAUCGACUUUCUUUGAACAUGUUGAAUAAUCUUUCAAAUUCCACUGCGCCAUUAUUAAUGACAAAACCAAGGCCAGUUGUAGAAAAAAACGACAACGUCUGACAAACACUAGAUAACUCAUUAUGUUUCAUGAUUCCAGGAAGAGUACUCAUCAGACAAUACCCUAGGACAAUUAAACUACUUAGACGAUUACCUCAGACAAUUGCCAUCCGAGGGACAUCGCUCCAGUGCCCUUUUUCUAAAACUUGUUAUCAAUAUAAACUGGCGCAGGGGGCGUUUCACAAAACUUGUCUUCAGUGACAAAUGACAGUCUUUGUUAUAAGUUACUGAAA